UUUGUGCCCAAUGACUUUGGAGCCAAAUCUCUCACAGAUGAGGAGCUCAAAGCAGGGGAUGAACUGCAGCUUGAAAAUGAAGAGGAGGACGUGGUUGCAUGGGAUGAUUCUGAUCUCAACUUCAGUGCGCCUGAUAAUCUCUUCAGACAUUCUCUGGAAAACCCACUCCGAAUCUUUAACCCAGCUCCAGGCCUGCAGAAUUAUAAAACCUCUAAAUACCUUGAGAGUGACCUUGAUUUCCAUCUCUGCCCCGUGCCAAGGUAUAAAAUCCCUGAGAGAAAAAUGUGUGACAUCAGAAAACAAACAUUUUUGGAUCGUGAGGAAUCAGUCCAAGUGCUGAAAACAUGGAAUAACUUCAGUCCAGAUACCUUAAACUGUCUGUCCAACCGAUCUGAACUCAACUGUGACUGUGUCCUACGCAGGUCUGUCGGCUGCAGCACAACACUACUUCAGGAAGCUCCUCCUCCCCCGAUGGGCUCUCCUGGUGGUUCAUGUCCACUAAUGCACGAAGUGUGGAAAGGGUCCAGAGUCCAGUUAACACCAGAGAUGGUGAGAGCAGAGUUCUUGUCUGGCAAAGCUCUGGUCUUGGGCUCCAACUUUACUAGAGAGAUGACUCCCAGGCACCAGGGGGAGCUUCAGAAAGGAGCCCGUCAUGUGGAGAUCUCCAGGGCGUAGCUCGGAGUUUAAUCGAAUGGGAAGAAGAGUAACGACCAGGCUGAAGCAACUUGUCGCAAGAAAUCCCCCACUGUUCGAGGAGGAUCGAGGCAAACAACCUCUACACACCCCCAGAAACACAAAACACAAUAGGCCUCCAUCAGAGACAAAAAACUACCAGUGAGCAUACAACCAUGGAGUUGAAUAAUUGGAGCUUUCUAACCACUUUUGAGGAGAACUAUUGCUGUCAAUGGAAAUAUGUCUGAAAAUCACUUUUUUUUUACUGCUGAUAUAAAGUGCACUUCAAAAAGAA